AUGAACAAAGAGGAGCCUCUGACCCCGUUUGGGCGGAUGUUCUCGCAAGAAGAAGGGAAUCAAGUUAUCAACUGUGCAAUGAAUCUCAAAAACCCAAUCCACUUAGAAUCCGUUAAAGCUGAAUUUAAAAACUCCAUCCUGAUUAAGCACCCAAGAUUUCGAAGCGUCUUAGUAAGAAACACGAAUAAUGGUAGAGAAUAUUGGAAAAGAGGUGAUGUAGAUUUAGACAAGCACAUAUUUCUCAUUCAAGACAUCGACCAUGGUGAUUCGUCGACUUCCAGCAUUCUUAGCAAUGACGAGAUCGUGAAUGGGUAUCUGGCAGAUCUUACUGUUUCAUCGCCUCUCAGCAUUGAUAAACCAUUAUGGGAAUUACAUGUACUGAAGGAUCAAAACUGUCUAGUAUUGAGAGUUAAUCAUGCUUUAGGUGAUGGGGUAUCUAUAAUGUCUUUGAUCUUAACCAUGUGUAGGAAAGUUGACCAGCCUGAUGAAUUACCCAGCAUCCCUAAACACAACCCCAAAAGUAGUAGGAUCAAUAUGUGUGAAAUGAUAUGGAGAUUUGUAUUGAAGAUAUGGUUAACUAUUGUUUAUUUAAUGGGUUUCUCACUUAGAUGUUUGUUUAUGAAAGAUGCUAAAAGCAAGAUUAGUGGUGGACAUGGUGUUGAACUAUGGCCCAGAAAGCUUGCUACUGCUACGUUCAAGUUAGACGACAUGAAAUCUGUCAAGAAUGCCGUCCUUAACGCUACAAUCAAUGACGUUCUUAUCGGAGUUGUUACAUCUGGAUUAUCGCGAUACUUGGAUUACCAUCGAACCUCGAACUCAAGUAACUCACCCAAACAGGGACUUCAAAUCUCGGGAAUGGCAAUGGUUAACCUUAGAGAACAGCGUGGUUUGCAGGAUAUGGCAAAUUUGGUGAAGAGCAGUUCGGUGACAAGUUGGUGGGGUAACAUAUUCGGAUACAUUUUACUCCCAAUUUAUCCCCAUAAAAGUGUUGGUAACAAUCCGCUUCGAUAUGUCAUGAACGCCAAAGAAAUACUUGACAAGAAGAAACUAUCAUAUGAAGCUCAUUUAACUUACGCAAUAACUAAAUCAGCAAUGUCACUUUUGGGUCCCAAGGUCUCGUAUUUGCUCACCAACAGGGUUGUUUGCAAUACAAGUUUUACGAUAACCAAUGUCGGUGGUCCGCAAGAAGAAGUUAUGUUUGGAGGAAAUCCAGUAACUUCACUAAGAGCAACUUCCUCAAGUUUACCCCAUGCACUCACAAUGCAUAUGAUAAGUUACGCUGGUAAAGCAGAAAUGCAAAUUCUUGUGGCUAAAGACAUUAUACCAGACCCUCAGUUCCUCGCUAAGUGUUUUGAAGAUGCAUUGCUUGAAAUGAAGGAGGCUUCUACUGCUUCUGUUAAGGCAUGA